GUCGCCAGAGCAGCACCAGCGACCAUGGUGAAGGCACGCAAAAUCGUCCUCGCCAGAAGAUUCCAGGGAGAGCCUCGACCGGAGGAUUUUCGGGUCGAGGACGAGGAGCUGCCACCCCUCAAGGAUGGACAAAUCCUAGCUGAGGCAGUCUAUUUUAGCGUUGACCCCUUCCAGAGGGGUAUGGGAGGCACGGAGAAAUACGGACAGAAAGUGGGAGACACCAUGAUCGGGGCCCAGGUAGCACGGAUUGUGGAGAGCCGGGCUGCAGGUUUCCCAGUCGGGCAACACAUCGUGGCCUACUGGGGGUGGCGGGACCGCACAGUGGCUGAUGUGGGGCCCGACGUGCCGCCCCCCGUCGUCCUGUCGCCGCCCAUGCUGGUGCCAGACCUGGGGGAUUUGCCGUUAUCCCUGUCCCUGGGGGUGCUGGGCAUGCCUGGGAUCAGCGGCUACUUCCCACUGCUGGAGGUCUGCCAGCCCAAGGCGGGAGAGGUGGUCGUGGUCACUGGCGCUGCAGGAGCUGUGGGCAGCAUAGUGGGGCAGAUAGCGCUCAUCAAGGGCUGCACUGUCAUCGGCUUUGCCGGAUCUGACGCUAAGGUGAAAUGGUUAAAAGAGGAGCUGGGCUUCCAUCACGCGUUUAACUACAAGACUACAGACGUGUCCACCGCUCUGAAGCAGGCUGCCCCAGAUGGUGUCGACGUGUACUUCGACAACGUGGGGGGCGACAUGAGCACUAAGGUCAUCAGCCAUAUGCGCUACCGUGGUCGCAUCGCUGUUAUCGGCGCCAUCUCUCAGUACAAUGAGUCUCAGUCCCAAAAGUUGGUCACCCUGCCGUUCACGUUUCUUGUCAAUCAACUUCGCAUUGAGGGCUGCUCCUAUACGCGGUGGCACGACCGCUGGGACGAGGGAAUCACCCAACUGCAGCAGUGGGUAAAAGAGGGUAAACUCAAGUACAGGGAAACUGUGAGCCACGGCUUUGCCAAUACUCCCAAAGCCUUCAUCGGUAUGCUGAGAGGCGAGAACUUUGGGAAAGCUGUUGUCAAAUUGUGAACACUCCUCAUCUAUCAAAAGUGGAAAAAGUUUUGUUCGAUUUAAUUCAAAUGUUCACAUCUUUAAUAUAUGUGUUAGUAUAAAAGUUGUUAGUAAGAAGUUCGA